GUCUGUACAAAUAAGUUGACACCGCUAACGACUCAUCUGUAGCUUCAUAUCACAGCUCCUAUGGAUGACCAGACGAACCCUGUUCGCCAGCAGCAGGCUUUCCAUGUAAAGAAACUGCACAUGUAUUUAACAGGGAGACUUCAAAACGUUUUAGAAAACAGUCAGUUCUCCGUGCGGCAAUACAGGUAUGGUCAGUCCAAUCCGACAUUUCUCAUCCAAACACCUAAUAAGAGCUUUGUACUCAGAAAGAAACCUCAUGGAUCUUUGCUUCCUGGUGCGCAUAAGGUGGAUAGGGAGUAUGUUGUCCAGAAGGCACUGCACUCCAUUGACUUUCCUGUUCCUCAGCCUUUACUUUACUGCUCGGACACAAAUGUUAUUGGCACAGAGUUUUACAUCAUGGAACAUGUUAAGGGCCGUAUAUUUCGAGACCCAAGGCUACCAGGCAUCAGUUCAGCAGAACGCAGUGCUCUGUAUGUAGCUGCAGUUGAGGUGUUAGCCAGACUUCACUCUGUUAACCUCACCAGACUUGGCCUAGUAGGGUAUGGGAAAGGGGCAGGUUAUGCAAAGAGGCAGGUGUCCACGUGGAUAAAGCAGUACAGAGCAUCUGCAAGCAAAACCAUUCCAGGUGUAGAUGAUCUUUAUGAUUGGCUGAGCAACAAUGUGCCAUCCAUUGAUGAGCAAGUGACCCUAGUACAUGGUGAUUUUCGAAUUGACAACCUUAUAUUCCAUCCAUCCGAGGCUCGAGUACUAGCUGUAUUGGAUUGGGAAUUAUCCACAAUUGGGCAACCACUUGCAGACUUGACUUACUUUCUUAUGCCCCAUUACUGCCCCUCCCAUCUCAAUAUGAUCUCUUUUCUUGGUGGAGUUGCAGGGGUAGAAGGUAUCCCUUCAGCAGACGACUUGAUCUCUAUUUACUGCCAAUGCUCUGGAAUCCCUACUUCACUUCCACAUAAGAAUUUUUUUAUUGCCUUGGCCAUGUUUAAAAUGGCCUGCAUUGCACAGGGCAUUUAUGCAAGAUCUUUGCUGGGGAAUGCCAGUGCUCCGAAUGCAGCUCAGUUUGAAGAAAGCGUGGAACCUUUAGUUCACCUGGCUCUAAAGAUCGCCCACAGUUCUUCACUGGAUGUGCAAGUUUCUGAUAGGUUAUUUCUCCAGUCAGCUAAAGGUUACACUGUCCACCAGCAAGUUAAAGAGUUCAUGAAACAACACAUACUGCCUACUAAGAAGGAAAUUACUGAGUACUAUAUCAAACACCGUGAUGGCCCUGAGAGAUGGCAAACACCUCCUGCACUGGAGGAACUGAAGGCAAAAGCUCGUGAGGCUGGGCUAUGGAAUCUGUUUUUGCCUGCAGUGAGUGGACUAUCUCAGCUGGAUUACUCCUACAUAGCUGAGGAAACUGGACGAUGCUUCUACGCCUCUGAGGUCUUCAACUGCCAGGCUCCAGAUUCAGGGAACAUCGAGGUGCUGCACCUGUUUGGUUCUGAGGAGCAGAAAAAGCUCUGGCUAGAUCCCUUACUGAGAGGAGACAUACGAUCCUGCUUUUGCAUGACUGAGCCAGAUAUUGCCUCAAGUGAUGCGACUAACAUGGAGUGUACCAUGCAUAAGGAUAAAGACCACUAUGUCAUAAAUGGCAAGAAAUGGUGGAGCAGUGGUGCAGGCAACCCAAAGUGCAAGAUUGCCAUAGUGAUGUGCAAGAGCAAGGCAUCUGACAGUAUAAGAAGACAUGGUCAGCACAGUAUGAUUUUGGUUCCUAUGGACACACCUGGUGUGAGGAAGAUCCGACCUCUUACUGUGUUUGGGCAAGAUGAUGCGUGGCAUGGUGGCCAUUUUGAGUUAAACUUUGACAAUGUUCAUGUUCCUGCAACCAACGUUCUUUUGGGUGAGGGACGGGGGUUUGAGAUAGCUCAAGGUCGGCUGGGCCCAGGUAGACUGCACCACUGCAUGAGGGCAGUUGGACUGGCAGAGCAUGCACUGGAGCUGCUUUGCCAAAGAUCCAGUAGCAGAAGCACCUUUGGCAAAAGACUGUACCAACAUGAGGUGGUGGCUCAUUGGAUAGCAGAGUGUCGCAUUGCUAUUGAGCAGGUGCGGCUAAUGGCUCUCCAUGCAGCUUAUAUACUCGACACAAAGGGGAACAAGGCUGCGAGGAAACGGAUUGCAAUGAUAAAGGUAGCAGCUGGCAGGAUGGCUUGUAAGGUUGUGGACUGUGCUAUCCAGGUGCACGGAGGUGCAGGAGUGUCUGAUGACUUCCCCCUUGCACAAAUGUAUGCAUAUGCACGAACUCUUCGUCUAGCUGAUGGCCCUGAUGAGGUUCAUCUGUCCUCCAUCGCCCUAAUGGAGCUCCGGGAUCAGCUCGGACAGACAGCUGCUAAACUCUAAAUUAACCACUACAUAAAACUUGAUUAAAUCACACCUUAAUUCACUUUAAUCAAAUUAUAUUAAUCGUCAUAAAACAAUAACAACUUAAACUCAUUAAAUGUAUGAUAUAAUGAGAAGAUUGAUAAAGUGGGGUCAAAUAGUUUGAAAGCACUAUUUUUUUUAUUAAUUCAACAAUUUUAAGUAUACUGAUGGCAACAUGAGUGGGGAAAAAAUUAGAAAUAGUGAUCAUUGAAAUAUGUAUUUCAUAGUUUGUUUGUUUUUUAUAGAAUUUCUUGCUUAAAAAAAUAAAAAUAAAUAAAAUAAAUCCUGUAUGUGUGUGCACUAUCCAGUUUUUUUUUUUUUUUACAAACAAUUGUACACCUGCACAUUUUAUGCAUUAUCUUUGAUUAACAGUGAUCUUUGUUGGUUGACCACAUCUGACAAGCAAUGUUCUGUUACAGAAUCUGUCUAAAGAGUUUGAUGUGUCAUGCACAUCAGACCUUAAUACAUCUCUGUUGUUUAAAUAAAACAGGGCACUCACAGACACCUGAUUGUCAUCCCAUUGAUUGAAAACAGAUGGACUCUAAUUUGACCUUGCAUUUAAAUACUAAUCCAAGAUCUUCACAUACGUUUGCUGCUCAGAUAUCUAAUACUGGGACAUUUUCUUGAAUAAAAAAUUACCAAGUAUGA